UGCCUAACCAAUAUUUACUUGAAAGAUGCCAAUUACAGGGCCUUAUAUAAAAACUAGCCAUGAUGAUCCAUUUUCCACGAUCACCAUUCGAAACAAACACUUGAAGUUAUUGUAACUAAUUCACCUCUGCUUUUAUUCUGCAUCAAGGCAAUGGCAGAAGGAGUCCUCUUCAACUUUGCAGAAGGGAUCAUUGACAGGUUGACCUCCCGUGCAUUCCAAGAGAUGGGAUUGAUUUGGGGUGUCAAAGAUGAGCUCCUGAAGCUUCAGGAGACAGUUGCCCAAAUCCAAGCUGUUCUUCUUGAUGCAGAGCAAAAGCAAGCGACUCAUGCAGUCAAAUUGUGGCUUCAAAGCCUAGAAGAUGUUGUUGAUGAAGCUGAUGACGUGCUAGAUGAAUUUUAUGCUGAAGCACAGUGGAGACAAAUGAUGCCUGGAAAUAAUCACGUGUUAAAGCAGGUAUGCAUCUUCUUCUCUAGCUCAAACCAGCUUGCUUUUCGGCUAAAGAUGGGUCAUAAGAUUAAAAGUAUUAAGGAGAGACUUAAUGUGAUUGCAUCUCGUAGAAACUUUCACUUAGAAGUGAGUCGUGAAGAUACACGAUUUAGAAGGGUAACUCACUCUUUUGCCCCUACGGAAACUAUUAUAGGGAGAAAUGAAGAUAAAAAUGCAAUUAAACAACUCUUGUUUGAUACCAUCUCUGAAGAGAAUGUAUCAAUCAUUUCCAUAGUCGGAUUUGGAGGAUUGGGAAAAACUGCACUUGCCCAACUCGUAUUCAACGAUCUAGAGGUCCAAACUUAUUUUGAGCUGAAAAUGUGGAUAUGUGUGUCAAAUGUAUUUGAGCUGUAUAUACUUGUUAAGCAAAUCAUUCAAUCUGCAACUAAUAACAUAGCCAAAAGCCUUGAGAUUGAUCUGUUGCAAAAAGAACUGAGGAAAAUAAUAGAUGGGAAGAGAUACCUCCUUGUGUUGGACGAUGUAUGGAAUGAUAAUCGUGAAAAAUGGUUUGGCUUGCAAAACUUGUUGAUGGGUGGUGGAAAAGGUAGUAAAAUACUAAUAACUACUCGUAGUGAAAAAGUUGCAAAAAUAACAGACACAUCUAAACCAUAUAACUUAAGGGGUUUAAGUGAAGAGCAGUCUUGGUUUUUGUUUAAGAAAAUGGCAUUCCAAGAUGGAAAAGAGCCAACGAGUUCAACCAUUAAGGCCCUUGGGGAGGAGAUUGCUAGAAAAUGUAAGGGGGUUCCGCUUGCUAUAAGGACCAUAGGACGGAUGUUGUACACUAGAGAUCCAGAAACUGAGUGGUCGGCUUUCAAGAAUAACAAGCUUUCAACAAUAAGGCAAGAAGAAAAUGAUAUUUUUCCAACACUUCAGCUGAGUUAUGAUGUUCUCCCAUCACAUUUGAAACAUUGUUUUGCUUAUUGUAGUUUGUUCCCGCCUGAUUAUAAGAUUCCCGUAGAGAAAUUAAUUAGGUUGUGGGUGGCACAAGGGUUCGUUAAGUCUUCAAAUCCUAAUGAGUGCUUGGAAGAUGUUGGUUAUGAAUAUUAUAACGAACUAGUUUGGAGAUCUUUUUUCCAAGAAGAAGAAAAAGAUGAGUUUGGUAUAAUAAGAAGCUGUAAAAUGCAUGAUCUCAUGAAUGAACUUGCUGUUAAAGUGGCAGGGGAGGGAAGCAGAAUAAUAGAUCGCAAUAAGACUGAUUUUGAUGCAAAACGUCUUCUUCAUGUAUCUUUCGAUUUUGAUGUUGAUUUUUCGGAAUCGGAAUCGGAAUCGGAUUCAGAAUCGGAAUCGAAAAUACCAACAUCCUUGCUGGAAUCAAAUAAGCUAAGGACUUUUCUUCUCCUACGCCAAGAUCAGUGGAGGAAUAAAUUCAUGAAGUCAAUCCAUAGGCCAUUGCAUAAGUCAUUUUGUGCAACAAUUGCUUUAAAUUUGAAGUCAUUGCGUAUAUUGAGUUUGAAUGGUUUGCGAAUUCCAAAAUUGCCAAAAUGUCUUAGGAAAAUGAAACAUUUAAGAUAUCUUGAUCUUAGUGUUAAUGCCAUUGUGAGACUUCCAAAUUGGAUAGUCAAAUUUCAAAAUUUGGAAACACUAAAUCUGUCAAGAUGUGAAUCUCUUGUGGAAUUGCCUUGAGAUAUCAAUAAAUUGAUCAACUUGAGGCAUCUCAUUUUGAGACAAUGUUAUCAAUUGGCUUGGAUUCCUCGUGGAUUGGGUGAAUUGAUUUGUCUUCGUACUUUGAGUAGAUUUGUUUUGAGCAUAGACAAUUCCAUGUUGAGGGAUCGUGCAGGGCUUAAUGAGUUAGGGAGGCUGAAGGAUUUAAGAGGAAAGUUGAAUAGCAGAAAUUUGAGGCACAAGAAAGAUAUGAUGUCAGAAUUGAAUUAUGAUGAUGCAAUUUUGAAGGAGAAACGACAUCUCUAUUCAUUGACUUUACAUUGGAUGCACAUCGAAAGAGAAAAUAGUGAUGCGGUUGAGGAGGAGAGUGAUGUAAUUAUUAAGUCAAUGGAAGCGCUGCAGCCCCAUUCAAGUCUAAAAGAUUUAACGCUGGAGUUCUAUAUGGGUGCGAGGUUUGCGAGUUGGUUUCAUUCUCUCACAAAUAUUGUUAAUCUCAGAAUUUCGGAUUGCACGAAAUUGGCCUCACUACCAGAAGGGAUGGGCAACUUUAAAUCACUUCAGUUGCUUGGGAUAUGGGCUUGCCCUAAUUUGGCAUCACUCCCAGAAGGGCUUCUUUGCCUCGCCUCAUUAAAAAAGUUGAUAAUUGAGAAUUGCCCCAUCUUAAAGCAAAAAUACCAGAAAGAAACAGGCGAGGACUGGUCCAAGAUUGCUCACAUCCCAGAGAUAAGCAUUUAUGAUUCUGAAGACUAUUCUUUUUAAGGGUUUGGUCAGUGGAGAUUGGGUCCCCAUUAAAAAUUCUUAUGGCUUGAUUGUGAUUGUGCAACAACAGGUCACCAAGAAAGUGUGAUUAAAAGAAGAAACUGAUUAGACAUCCUGACUUUGAUUAUACAAGUGACUCAGUUGUACAUGUGAUGAAUUUAGGUAAUUGUAACUCUCAAAUUUCCUUAUGGCUUUUGAAAUUGGUGCCGUCUUGUGAAAGCAGUUUGUAUUGUCAUGAUAUGAAUUAAAUUCAGAUAUCUGCCAAGAAUGAGGUUAAUUCCCUUCAUUAUUCAUCUUUUGGUUGUACUUAGUUAAUGAUUGAGUGAUAGUUUAGUUGUUUAAAUUGAGAGAUGUAAACAUUCAUCUUGUUAAUUAAUCCAAUUAUCGUUUUCAUGCAAAAAUAUGAAAACUCGACAACUAUAAUUUGUAAUGUCGUUUAAUCCAUAAAUUGUGAAUGAUA